GUAGAAACAAACUUGCUCAUAAAUGUUCAAUUUGUCUCUUUAGUGGCGAUAAAUGUUCAAUUUGUGUCAUUAGUGGCGAUAAAUGUUCAAUUUGUCUCUUUAGUGGCGAUAAAUGUUCAAUUUGUCUCAUUAGUGGCGAUAAAUGUUGUCUGUUUAGUGGCGAUAAAUGUUCAAUUUGUCUCUUUAGUGGCGAUUAAUGUUAGUUUGAACAACUUUCAUUUGUCUCUUUAGUGGCGAUAAAUGAUUGAAAAACUUCAGGAGGAAAGAAGAAUAAAGAGUCAUACACUGAACUUGAAGUCAAACUUGGUUGAGGACUUCAAGCAUGCCAAAGAUGGAAGAGAAAGUGUCUUCAAAGAAGCACAACCAUUGGGUGAAUCCAUCGUUCACCGACUUGUUGGGGGACAACUUGCCUACUUGUGGAAAGAAACCUUCUUGCCAGGCUUUGGCUUCCAGAAGUGAGCAGAAGAAGCCCCAGAAAAGGAAAGGAGAAGCGGACUCUGGCUGCCAGGACCAGGAUGAACCUUGGGUGCAAAGAUACGCAGCACUCUCAAAGGCGGAGCUUGCAGUGCACAAGAAGAAGGUCCAGGAAGUGGAAAAUUGGCUCAGAGUGCAUUCAAACACAUCACAGGGUGGACUAUUACUCCUGACUGGACCCUCAGGCUGUGGAAAGACCGCUACAGUCCAGGUUUUAUGUGCCGAGCUGGGCCUAAGGAUCCAGGAGUGGAGCAACCCCACUAGUGAGGACUCACACAGUCAACAAGACUGGAACAUGAACAGUAGCUCCCAGUCAGCACAAUUCCAAGAGUUUCUCCUGAGGGCCAACAAGUACACGUGCCUUAAGAUGCUGGGGGAUGUCAGACCUCCUGGCAUGAAGGUCAUCUUAGUGGAGGAAUUCCCAAACCACUUUUACCGGCAGCCUGGCAGUCUACAUGAUGUUCUCAGGACUUUAGUGAAGAGCAGUGGAUGUCUUCUGGUCUUCAUCGUGUCUGACAGUCUGAGUGGAGACAGCAGCUCCAGACUCCUGUUUCCAAGAGACCUGCUGGAGGAGCUGCACAUCACUAGCAUCAGUUUUAAUCCAGUGGCUCCAACCUCCAUGAUGAAGGUUCUGACUCACAUUGCAACACUCCAGAAGACUAGCAGACUGGAUCAGGCGGUGCUGGACAAGUUGUGUUCAGGAAGUUCAGGAGAUGUUCGCAGUGCCAUCAACAGCCUGCAGUUCUCCUCCAUCUCAGACGGGGGGCUGCGGAGGGACAGACCGCUCACCUCACAGAAGAAGGUGUCUUUCAAAUCGGGCCAGAAGAAGAAGUCCAGGUCAUCCCAGGUGAAGGAGGAAGAACAAAGUGUUGGCAUGAAGGAUGCUUGUCUCUUCCUGUUCCGAGCUCUGGGAAAGAUCCUGCACUGCAAACGGGCAAGUCCUGAAUGUGCUGAGCGUGCAUCUUUACCUGCACACCUUUGUCAACACCACAGAGAACCUUUACAGCUGGACCCUGAGUUGGUCGUAGAACGUUCUCAUGUGUCCGGAGACUUCUUCAACCUUUACCUGCACCAGAACUACCUGGACUUCUUCUCCAACAUUGAAGAUGUGGAUCGAGCCAGCGAGUAUUUGUCUGAUGCAGACCUGCUCACAUCUGACUGGACGAGUCGGAGUUUCUUGGAGGCGUAUGCGUCGUCAGUGGCCACCAGGGGGCUUCUCCACUCCAACUGUCAACAAGCAGCAGUUGGCUUCAGACCUCUGCACAAACCUCAUUGGCUGCUGGUCAGCAAGAUGCAUCGUGAGAAGUGCCUGCUUGCUCAGUGCUUGUUCAGGAGCAUGUGUGUGACACCUGUCAGCCUUCACACUCACCUGCUGCCUUACCUGGCCAAGCUCACCAACCCUCUGAGGAGCCAAGACCUGGUCCUGAUGAUGCAAGAGGUCCAUGAGGCGGUCAGCCUGGACGACGACAUGAUGGACGGAGACCUGGGUGACGGGACCACCUUACUGGGUGACGGGACCACCUUCUUGGGUGACAGGACCACCUUACUGGGUGACGGGACCACCUUCUUGGGUGACAGGACCACCUUCUUGGGUGACAGGACCACCUUCUUGGGUGACAGGACCACCUUCUUGGGUGACAGGACCACCUUCCUGUCCAGCAGAAGGAAGAAGCAGCCAGCAGGAGAAACAUCUUGUCUUCCCAAAGUCAUGUUACCUGCAGGCUGGGAGAAGAAAGUUCCAGAGUCCCUGAUGGACAAACCAGCAGAGUCCCUGAUGGACAUGUCCAACCAGGAGUUGCAAGACCGACUCCAAGCAUCUGGCCAGAUGAUUGAUGAGUUAAUCAGUGAGCUGGAUGUUGCACGUCGUUACCUGAAAGGAAAAUGUGAAGCUCUGAAGAUCCUACAGGGAAAGGCCAUCCUUGACAGAGCCACAAGUCACACUCAAAGCUUGCUGCACAAAAGUGAGGAGAGGGCCAAAGCACUGGAGACGGAAGUGAACAGCUUGCAGUGGGAGUUGAGUUUCAAGCAGUUGCAGAUGAAGAAGAGUGAGCAGUCGUGGGAGCAGAAAUACUGCAUGUGA